AUGCCUUCCCUCCACCAAGCAGCCAUCUUCCUCGGAUUCUUCCUCAUCGUGACAGGCGGCUCCACUGCCUUUCUCACCUCCCCUCAGGUGGGUACUAUAAAGAAAUACAAUGUGAAAUGUAUUAUUAUUAUUGUUAUAAUUAAUGUUAAUAUUAAUAUGAUGUUGUUAUGAUUGUAGAGUCGCCUGCAGGCCUUCUCUCUGUGCUGUGUGGUUCUGGGAGCCAUCAUGCUGAUUCUGGGGCUGUUCUGGGCCAUGAACAACAAGAACCAUGUAGAGUACAGCCAGGGAGAAUACCCCAACAUUCCCCACUAUCCUCACCAGGGAGAACACCCCAACUAUCCCUACCCACACCCAGACCUCAACUACCUUGGCCGGUACGCCCAUCCUGACCUGGGCCACGUCCUCUUCAGCCCCCCUGGUCCUGUUGGACACUUCCCAGAGUCACAAUCAGCCCUGCUGCAGAGGUGUAUAGCAUCCUUCUUGAAUUGGUAUUGUUGAAUUUAAAGGUCCAAUGCAGCUGUUUUUAUCUCAAUAUCAAAUAAUGUCUUGGUAACAAUUAAGUACCUUACUGUAAUUGUUUUCCAUUAAUAUGGUAAAAAAGAAACAAAAAUAGCUUCUUACCAAACAUAAAUCCCUCAUGCAAGAAUUUUGCUAGGACUGUCUGGGAGUGUUCUGAAACUCCAUCCCACCAAAACAGGCAGACAUUUCAGGCGGUAUUUUCAAACAGUUCUUACACUGAAAGGGCAUUAUAAUAAUUUUCACAAUUUCACAGUAUUAUUCCAGACUCAUAGCGUGGACUUAUACUCACCGGCCAGUUUAUUAGGUACACAACCCAUUCACUAAAAUGGAUCUCUUCUACAAACAGUGAGUCACCUGGCCAUGGCUUGCUAUAUAAAGCAGGCAGAUAGGCAUCAAGGCAAAACGAGUGACCUAAGCGACUUUGAGUGUGGUAUGAUUGUCGGUGCCAGGCGUGCCGGAUCCAGUAUCUCAGAAAGGCCGCCCUCCUGGGCUUUUCCCGCAUGACAGUGUCUAGGUCGAGGGUUUAUCGAGAAUGGUGCGACAAGCAAAUAACAUCCAGUCAGCGGCAGUCCUGUGGGCAAAAACAGCUCGUUGAUGAGAGAGGUCGAGGAGAAUGGCAAGAAUCAUGCAAGUUAACAGGCGGGCCACAAACAGACAAAUAAUGGCGCAGUACAACAGUGAUGUGCAGAACGGCAUCUCGGAAUGCACAACUUGUCAACCCUUGUCACGGAUGAGCUAUUGCAGCAGUCGACCACACCGGGUUCCACUCCUAUCAGCUAAAAACAAGAAGACGAGGCUCCAGUGGGCACAUGAUCACCAAUACUGGACAAUUGAGGAGUGGAAAAACAUUGCCUGGAACAUGACAGCGAGUUCAGUUUACACUCAACCCAAAGAGCAUCUUUGGGAUGAGAUGGAACGGCUGCUCGCAGCAUGAAUGUACCGCCGUACAAUCUGCAGCAACUGCGUGAUACCAUCGCGUCAGCAUGGACCAACAUCCCUGUAAACGUUUCCGACACCUUGUAGAAUCCCCCGAAUAAUUCAGGCUGUUCUGGAGGCAAAGGGGGGUCCGACCCAGUACUAGUACCUAAUAAACAGGCCGAGUGUAUAUAUAAAACAGGAAAAUCACGUUUUUGGCUGCACUGGGCCUUUAAAGUGCAUAAAAGGUAAAGGUCACAACGCACUGUGCAUGUACUGUAACUGUCCUUUAUGUGGGUGUGUGUGUGUGUGUGUCUAGGACCGAGCACCAGCGGCGAGGUGUGUAUGGGGCUGAUGAUGUGGACUACCCCCCGCUCAGCCCCCCCUCCCACUAUCCUCCCUGGCUGGGCCCCCCACCUCCCUACGAGGUUGCCAUCAAGAACACCUGUAGCUCCACCCACUUGCGCCGCGCCUACUCAGACGGACACCUGGCCUCGGAACCCCUGUUUGGCCAAUCACGGGAGAUUAGCUUCGAA